GUGGCUAAGAAUGAAAUUUUGAACAGCGAACUGUUACUAGAGAAAGAACGCUACGAUGUGGACAUUCUUAAGCGUCGAGCAGCUUUUGUGGAGAAACCGGAGGAUCCGCCAGAGAUCGUGCGAACAGGACGACGAUGGCAACCACCACCGGAGAAGCCAUACAUGUGGCCAACGGUUCCCCGACCCGGAUCUGUUGGCGUUGAAGUGCCAGAAAUCGAUUAUCCAACAGGAGCGGCCGAGUCAGCUGACGACAAUGCCGGAGUAUCCAAUUGGCCCACUGUGACCGAUCCAACCCGCUACAUGAAAGAGGCGCAAACUCACACCACCGAAAGUCCUCCACUGUCGAUUCGGCGAGUGAGAAGAGACAUGUACUCGUCCACUGAGAGAACGCAGCACCGAACGUUCAAACUAAAUACCUCAUACAGCCAUCACCGGACGGGAGUCAUCGACCUAAGCCAGCAUUCCGAAAGGAACGAAAACCGCCUAGCGGUGGUUUUUACCCGCAUGCUCCAUAGCAUUGUGAAACGUCGACCGGCAUCAGCUCAGGGCCUCUUAGCCCCUGUAGAUGAUGGAGGGCAAGAGCAAAUCGAAGUUAUCGAGAUACGCCUUCUCAAGCAAGAGAACGGAGCGGUCGACGGAGCGCUGGAGGACGAUCUGAGCCAGGUGAGAUUCCCUUCGAUCUUUAUCUGA